AUUUAACACAGGUGACACAAAAAUACACUUCAAUAUAACCUAAAAUUAAGGUACAAACGAUUGAAUAAUAAUGUUUAUUUAAAGUAAAUUAGACACAGAAUUUUACCUUAAUAAGUGAAAAUGAGUUUAUUUAUUCGUAAUUACAAGCCGGGUAGCGUGUACAACGCUCAGAUAAUAUGGCGUUACCACUCAAAUAAAGUUGAAAUGGCCAAGAAAGAGGAUGAAGAAGAGUUCAGAGUAUUGGACAUCCUGAAGACUAGAACGAGAUUACAAAGGAAAGUGACCAGGAGAGCUGACAUACAGCCGGAUAGAUCGGAAAAAAUGAAGACAGAUCAGAAUUGGGGUAACGUGUGGCCGGGCCCGAGAUCAUUCCACCCAUCAUCGGUCCCGCUGCCACUGAGGCAAGGAUAUGUCCCGAAAGGCCAGGCCCCACCCGGAAAAAAAGCCAACGCCGAACUAAUGAAAGUCCCCAACUUCCUUCACCUAACGCCUCCGGUGAUAAAAAUGCAAUGUGAAGCUAUAAAAAAAUUCUGCACACCCUGGCCCGAACUGCUGAACAAUGAGGAAGCUAUCGAACAGAACUACCCGGUAGAAAUCAUCACAUCAGAUUACUGUCAUGCGAGCCCAACUAUACGGAAUCCAUUAUCAAGAAUAGCGACUCUCAGGGUCAAAUUGUCUGAUCUCAAGUUAGAUAACCACGCCAGAGACAAAUUCCUAAGAUUGGUCGGUGAUAAAUAUAAUGAGGGUACCGAUUUGGUGACCAUCACAGCCGAUAGAUGUCCGGUUAGGAAACAGAAUUUGGAUUACGUCAACUAUCUACUGACAGCGUGUUAUUAUGAGAGCUGGAACGUUGAAGAUUGGGAGAAAGAUAAGGCUCUAGAGGAUAUGGAGUAUUAUGAUUUUGAUCAGAAUCCAUCUAAAGCUAAUCUGGUUGCCUGGUUUAUGAGGGUGUCGAAGAAAGGUGACCUGACUGAUGAUGAGGUCAAGGCGUUUGAUGUGAAUAAUAUACCGAACGGCCCAGAAUAUAAGAAGGCCGUCUCUGAUUUGUUCAAUAACUCAGAAAGUGAUCAAACACUUGAAGAUUAUGAUGCUGCAGUCAGGAAAUUGCUUGGUCUGCCUGAGAAGAAAGUACUACAAUGAUCAAUUAUACAUAUAUAGCUGU